AUGGACAUUGAUGAGGAUCCCGUUCCGCUGCCCUCUGCAGAAGUGCGAGAGCUUGGCACAAAGGUUACCCUGCAGCCGCCACUCUCCCGCCGUGGAUAUGGCCCGGGGCUGGUGUCACAUUGGAUCCGGGCGCCGCGACAGAAAUGGGCAGAAGAAGGAUAUGCAGUGGCCGAAAUCAAGCUGUGCCCAGAGCGUGACGGGUCGUUUCUGGCUAGGGCACUGAAGCUGGCGCUCGACGGCCUGGUUGCCCUGGAGGAGUGCGAUGUGAAAGAUGCCUUUGGAUUGAUUUGUAUUGAAAUCCCUGUCUGCGCCUUGGCCCCCCCCAGCGAGAUGUCAACUCUGAUCUCUUCUCUCGAAGCUCUUCUCAUCAAUUCCAUAGUGACAUACGGGUCCCCCAUUCAUUUUGAAACAUCUCAGCUUGUACAUUUACCCAGGAAGAAUGAAGGGGAAUCCUUCGUUGCGCAUGCUAAUACGAAAAUCUACGAGUACCCCGAGGCGAAUUCACCACAGUUUGUGAUUCCUCAGCACCAGGAUUUCCAUGCCUCAUCAGCAGCUGUCGCGCAUACGCGCUCACUAACCUUCUUCAAGUCAAAACUGGGAGGUCCGAUUUUUGACCUUGAGGCUAUAUGGGAUGAACAUACAUAUUUUGAGUUCGGGGAUCGCUCCGUUGCUAAAACAAUGGGAACGAUGGUUCAGGAACCAUAUGUCAACCAUGUUCCUACGAUGACUGGGGGAGUCGGCCGUGAUCGACUCUCGAAAUUCUACCGCUACCAUUUCAUCUGGAACAACCCGAAAGACACAAAACUUGAGCUGGUUAGCCGUACCGUGGGGAUAGACCGCGUAAUCGAUGAGCUAACUGUUUGGACCACUCACUGGUCCGGUCGUCUCCCACAGUGCGCCAGGAAUCCCACCAACGGGCCAAAUCGUGCGGCUUCCCAUGAUCUCCGUGGUGAAUGCUUGCUGCCAGAGUAUCUGCCAUUCCCCUACCCUCUAGCUAAUGGCAAAAAACCUGCAGAGGGGAAGAGAUUCGAGUACAGGGUACCGGUGGCAGGAAACGAAACUGCGGUCAAGUUGAUCGAUGAAAACGCCGUCGAGUCCAAUGAGAUGUUCACUUUCGAGGUGAGAGAGGCUGAAGACAGGUGA